GUACGAUGACUAUUUCAAGCCUUUUCCACGAACCAAACAAAUAAUCAGAACUAACAUGUAACACGCGCAAGCGCAAAAGCAUAGUGAAUAGGUGGAAUCCCAAUUUUAAAACUCUGAGAGAGAGAGAGAGCUCACAGGGUCAAAAAUGGCAGCCGCUACUUCUUCAGUAUCUACCUCGUCGAUCACAGAGGAGGAGCUGACACUCACAGUGAAGUGGAGCGGCAAGGAGUACACUGUUCGAGUCUGUGGCGACGACUCUGUGGGCGAGUUGAAGCGCCGUAUAUGCGAACUUACCAAUGUUAUGCCUAAGCGACAAAAGCUUCUCUACCCCAAAAUCGGUAAUAAGCUUGCUGAUGACUCCGUUUUGGUCUCCCAGCUUCCCCUCAAGUCCUCUCUCAAGAUGACGAUGAUUGGAACUGUUGAAGAUGAUAUAAUUGUGGAUCAAGUGGACUCCUCCGAGGUUGUUGAUGAUUUUGAGCUGGGGCAAGAUGAAGCUGUUGACAUUAAAGAUAAGGAAGUUAAUAAGCAAAAACUAAGGAGGCGCAUAGAUCAAUAUAAGAUUGCACUUCAGAAUCCAUGUCGUGAAGGGAAAAAGCUGCUUGUUCUAGAUAUUGAUUAUACUCUAUUUGAUCACCGAUCCACAGCAGAGAACCCACUUGAACUCAUGCGGCCUUAUCUUCAUGAGUUUCUCACAGCUGUUUAUGCAGAGUAUGAUAUUAUGAUUUGGUCGGCAACCAGAUUGAAGUGGAUUGAAUUGAAAAUGGGACAACUGGGAGUGCUUAACAAUCCAAACUAUAAAAUCACAGCUCUUCUAGACCAUUUAGCAAUGAUUACAGUUCAAUCAGAUUCUCGAGGAAUCUUUGACUGCAAGCCACUUGGAUUGAUUUGGGCUCAGUUUCCCGAGUUUUACAAUCCAAAAAACACUAUAAUGUUCGAUGAUCUGCGAAGAAAUUUUGUGAUGAACCCACAAAAUGGUUUGACAAUCAAGCCUUUCAGGAAGGCUCAUGCAAAUAGAGAUAGUGAUCAGGAGCUCGUGAAGCUCACCCAAUACUUACUUGCCAUUGCAGAACUUGAUGAUUUAAGCACUCUGAAUCAUGAAAACUGGGAGUUCUUUGCUGAGGACAAUACAAAAAGGCGUAGGCAUGCGUAAUUGACAUUAACAAGCUUGGAAACCUUAAAGUUGCCUCCUUGUAUUCGCAUUUUGAGGGAUGCCGAAGGGUGGAUGCUGAUACAGCUAAAGGAUAGCCUUUUUUUCCCCCUGUUGUGGGUACAUUUCUGGAAUUUAAAGUACUCUAGUGAGAGUGUGUUUAAUAUUAUAAUCAAGGGUUUAUCCAUUACAUAGUUUGCACACCACCUUUUAUUUUUUCUAUGGAUGCCAAAAAUUGACUCUGUUGUGAAGGAUGUGGAUUGUUGACUCAUGAUUCUAUACAAGUAAACUUAAUUAGCUUGUGAA